AUGACUACAUACAUCGAUCUCUCAUCACCAGAGGAACUCUACAUCGACCUCAUCAAUCAGGUUGCCAGUAUCAAGAAGAAGCGUUCAGUUGAAUUCAACGAUACCGAAUAUCAAAGAUUGUUGGGUGAACAACGUGCUCCAGAGUUUUUGUCAAAGUUGAUCACUUCAGAGUCUGAAUUCAUCCUUAAAGAGUCUGAUAAAGAGAUUGAAUCAUUCUUUAAUAUCAUCUUGACUGUUUUACAUAAAUUGGAAAAUGAAGCUAUAAAUAUUAUCUCACAAAAGAUUAGAGACGUUCUUUCUGCUUCACCAAACGAAAAGAGCAACUUGAAGAUUAAAUUGUUAACCAACCUUUUCAACUCAUUCUCACCAAAGUCACCAAUGAGAUAUGAAGUAUUCUAUGUAUUAGUUAAAUUGGCUAGUGAAUCUGGUAAUAUCGAAUUUGUCAAGUAUCAAACCAACAACCUCGAUACUUGGCUCGACGAUUGGUCAGCUUCAAUCCCACAAAAGAGAAAGAUAUAUAAAUUAAUUUCAACUAUUUUCAAAGAAAAGAAUAGUAUGAUUUCACAUAAAUUUUUGGUUAAAUAUUUAAAUACAUUCAAUAAGGAAGAUGCAGGAGAGGCACAAGAAGAAUCAGUUAGAGCAUGUAUCGAAUCGAUUUCAUUACAAGAGUUGUUCCAAUCCGACUAUUUGUUGGAUUUGGUUGCCAUCGGUUACUUGGAGACAUCUUCGAAUCCAAAGCACAAGCUCACCUAUGAAUUGAUGAAGAUCUUUGCCACCGAGCAGUUGGACAGCUUCAUUGCUUUCCAAAGUAGAAACCCAUCGUUCCUCACAGACAUUGGUUUGAAGGAAGAGGAUUGUCUACAAAAGAUUCGUUUGCUCUCGUUGGCCACCCUGACCAGUGAGGAUGCCAGCGUCAGCUACGCUUCCAUCAGCAAAUCGCUCCAGAUCGACGAAGACAAGGUAGAGAUGUGGGUGAUCGAUGCCAUCGCAUCCGACUUGAUCGACGCCAAGCUCGACCAACUCAACCGUGUCGUACACGUCAACUCAUCGACACAAAGAGUUUUCAACAAGGCACAAUGGACCCAAUUGGGAUUGCGUAUCGACGCCUGGAGAUCGAGUGUCAAGAACCUCCUCCAAGUCAUCGACACUGCCAAAACCACUCAAAUCAAGCCAUUCUACUGGCAAUCGCGUUAA